AUGUUUAGAUUGAAAAACCGCAACAGAUUGUCAAAAAGACAUCAGGCUAUAGACAACAGAUUGUCAGAAAGACAUCAGGCUAUAGACAACUUGAUUCAAUCAUCCUCAGUAGAUGAUAAAUAUUUUCAUCUUGAAUGGAUUUCCGGUUCUGAGUUUAAUAGAGUGGGCUCUAGGAG